AAACAAUGGAGAAAUUCCGAGAUUUCAAACGAGAAAUGCGCCAUUUUCAAAGUUUACAUUGGUGAUAAUUUUUAUUUAGACUAUAUUAUUGCAUUUUGAGACGUAUUGAAUGUUUUUAGCUCUAUUUGAAAAUACAUAAUAAAUUUAAAAUAUGGAGGAUUCAGAAGAUUCUUUUGUGAUUACAGAGCCUAAAGCAUCCAGGAUUUCACUGCACAUGAUUGGUCAACGGCAUUUACCACCAGGUUCAAAACAAUGGCCUUAUGAGCAAAUUGUUGAAGAGCUUAACAAGAUCACCCACCUAAGGCUAGACAGGGAACAUAUAGCUGAGAUUGAUGGGCUAGAACUACUGGGGAAGUCAAUCACAAAUGUAUAUUUACAACAGAACCAGAUAAAGGUGAUUGAGAACCUGGAAUGUUUGGAAAAUCUCAGCUUUCUGACACUUGCGAAUAACAAGAUACAAAAGAUAGAAAAUCUGACUCGGCUUCCUAAAUUAGCAUUUCUUGACCUGUCUGAGAACAACAUUACAGAUUUUGACAUAGAUGAAUUACCACAAACUCUAGUCAUCCUAAACUUAAAAGGAAACCCCUGUAUUAAAGUUCCAGAUUAUAGAGGAAGAAUCAUUCAAGACCUGCCAAAGUUGAGACAACUUGAUGGGGUUGAUAUAACAAAACAAGAUCGUAGAGAUGUUGGCUACAGUGUGUCCAGUAGCAGCGAGGAUGAGGAAAGCGAGGAAGAGGAAGAAGAAAAUAACAGAAUGUCACAAUUGGGUGGUACAUUUGAAGGAGCGACUUGUGAUAUGCUGAUACGUUCACAACAGAGACUUGAAGACAACUUAAAACAGCAUCAAAAACGUCGUACAAUUGUUGAUAAUCUUCGUCUUGAUAUGAAACUACCCCCAAGUAGAAACUCUCGCUCAAAUACAGCAAGGAGUUCUGUGACGCCAAGCAGUGGUGAUGCAGGAUAGUGCUUGAGGAUCACAUCGUCAAUGUAUGAUAGUGAUAAUCUCAAACUAAAGGAGAGAUGCAAGUGGUUAUUGUACAAAGUUGUUAGGGAUAAUAUAUUUUGAAAGCUGAGGUUUGAAUCAUAAAAAUUUGAAUUGACAAGCCAGAAAUUUGAGGAUUCAGGAAAAAACUGGAUUGACUGUGUUCAACACACCUAAGUCAUAUGUUUGCAUUUGCUGCAAGAUGGACAGUGGACAUGCAUUAUUUACUGUGUAGUUCAUGGACUACUAUUUUACGUGCUAAUUUUUAUUGUCUCAUUUCUUGAAAGGAUAGUUUUUUAACUUGCUUCAUGGCA